ACCUACAGACAGCCAGAGACAGCAAUGCGAGGGAGCUGCGCUCACAGGCAGCGCCCCGGCCGCCCGCAGGUACUGUUUACCCUACUGCUGCCUUUGUUCUGCCCCGCGCUGGGCCAGCCGGUCCGCUACUCCAUCCCGGAGGAGCUGGACCGCGGCUCUGUCGUGGGGAACCUCGCCAAGGAUCUAGGGCUCAGUGUCCUGGAAGUGUCUGCUCGGAAGCUGCGGGUUAGCGCUGAGAAGCUGCACUUCAGCGUGGAUGCGGAGAAAGGGGAGUUACUGGUGAAGGACCGCAUAGACCGUGAGCAGAUAUGCAAAGGGAGAAGGAGGUGUGAGCUGCAGUUGGAGGCCGUGCUGGAAAACCCUUUAAAUAUUUUUCAUGUCGUUGUGGAGAUUGAGGAUGUUAACGAUCACGCUCCUCAAUUCGAGAAGAAAGAGACGCGUUUAGAAAUUUCAGAGUCUGUGCCCAUUGGUACACGAAUACCCCUUGAGCCUGCCACGGACCCCGACAUAAACUUGAACUCAGUUAAAGAUUACCAAAUAAGCUCCAACCCUUACUUCUCAUUAAUGGUGAGAGUUAAUCCUGAUGGCGGCAAAACCCCAGAGCUGUCUCUGGACAAGAUCCUAGACAGAGAAGAGCAGAGGUCUCAUCUCUUGAUACUGACUGCCUUGGAUGGAGGGGACCCGCCCCGCAGUGCUACCACUCAGAUAGAAAUCUCUGUAAAGGACAUCAAUGACAACCCCCCAGUGUUCAGCAAAGAGGAAUAUAGGAUCAGUGUUAGUGAAAAUCUGGCCCCGGGAUCCUCCGUGUUGCAAGUGACAGCCACUGAUGUGGAUGAAGGCGUCAACGCUGAGAUAAGUUACUACUUUCGGAGCACUGCCCAAAGCACAAGACACGUGUUCGCUCUUGAUGAGAAAACAGGCACCAUUAAGAAUAACCAGUCACUGGAUUUUGAAGAUGUAGAAAGAUACACCAUGGAAGUGGAAGCGAAGGAUGGAAGCGGUCUCUCUACGCGGUGUAAAAUCAUCAUAGAAGUCCUAGAUGAAAACGACAACAGCCCAGAAAUAAUCAUCACCUCUCUUUCUGAUCAUAUUUUGGAGAAUUCUCCUCCAGGGGUGGUGGUUGCCCUCUUCAAAACGCGAGAUCGGGAUUUCGGAGGAAACGGGGAAGUCAAGUGUGAUAUAAGCAAAGGCCUGCCUUUCAAGAUCCAUGCUUCAUCCAGCAACUAUUACAAGUUAGUAACAGAUGGAGCCAUAGACCGAGAGCAGAACCCACAGUAUAACGUCACCAUCACAGCCAUGGACAGGGGCAAACCACCCCUUUCUUCCAGUACAACAAUCACUCUGCACAUCACUGACAUAAACGACAACGCUCCGGCUUUCCCGAAGUCUUCUUACAUAGUUCACGUAAUGGAGAACAACCCACCUGGAGCCUCCAUUGCUCAAGUCAGCGCCUCUGACCCGGAUUUGGGAUCCAACGGUCAAGUCUCCUACUCCAUCAUAGCCAGCGACCUGGAACCUAAAUCGCUGUGGUCCUACGUGUCCGUGAAUCAGGACAGUGGCGUGGUGUUCGCCCAGCGCGCUUUCGACCAUGAACAGCUGCGCUCCUUCCAGUUGACGCUGCAGGCGCGCGACCAAGGCUCUCCCGCUCUCAGCUCCAAUGUGAGCAUGCGCGUGCUGGUGGGCGACCGCAACGACAACGCACCACGAGUGCUGUACCCCGCGCUUGAGCCCGAUGGCUCCGCGCUCUUCGACAUGGUGCCGCGCGCCGCUGAACCCGGAUACCUGGUCACCAAAGUGGUAGCUGUGGAUGCAGACUCGGGACACAAUGCCUGGCUGUCAUACCACGUGCUGCAGGCCAGCGAUCCUGGGCUCUUCAGCCUGGGACUGCGGACCGGCGAGGUGCGCACAGCGCGUGUCUUGGGAGAAAGGGACGCAGCUCGGCAGCGCCUUCUAGUUGCUGUGCGUGAUGGUGGACAGCCACCGCUCUCUGCUACAGCCACGCUGCACCUGAUCUUCGCUGACAGCCUACAGGAGGCUCUCCCAGACCUUAGAGAUGACCCUCUGCCAUCUGACCCCCAGAGUGAGCUUCAGUUUUACCUGGUGAUGGCCUUGGCCUUGGUCUCGGUGCUCUUUCUUUUCGUUGUGAUUUUAGCCAUCGCCCUUCGCCUUCGGCAGUCGCAUAGUCCUGCUGUCUCCUCCAGCUGUUUUCAGUCUGGCCUCUGCUGUAAGACAAGACCAGGAGUUUCUCUCCACUACAGUGAGGGGACUCUGCCUUAUUCCUACAAUCUCUAUGUUGCCUCUAAUUGUCAAAAAACGUCUCAGUUUCUUACUUUGACGCCAGAAAUGGUCCCUCCGCCAGAUCUUUCUAUGGAAGCUUCUGUGGCCGUGAGCGGCACUGAAGAGAAUAACAAGAUAGUCUCAGAUUCUAUUGCUUCUACCCACAUGUAUGGCCAGUAG